AUGCCCAACCCGCGCACCGGCCUGCAGGUGUCCGCGCUGACCGCGACUGCUGUCCUGCUCGCGCUGCUUGUCGGGACCCCGCUGAUCGCUGUGGGGCACCGUUGCAUCUUCGACGAGAUGCAACGCCUGCAGCUGGCGACCGGCACCAGUGCCGUCCCCGAGGUGAGGGACCGCGGGACGCCGCAGGGGCAGGGCGCGGAGCAGCACGGCAGCCCCACCGCCACUGACUCAUGGAAGCCGAUCCGCAUCUCGGUGUUCACCGAGGACCUCGACGACAGCUCCCGCUACUGCACACAGCCCGGGGAGAUGAAGCCUGAUUUCAGAGGCUCCAUGAUCCAAUGUAAUUCCGAUAACGUUCUCACUGAUGAAAAGAAGCAAGUGCUACGUAAUGUGAUAAUCCCCAACGCGGUGCAGAUGCACAAGGACCGUCUGCUGGUGCAACCGCGCCGAUAUAACAUCCGUGUUGAACGCCUAUCGGGAAUAUUAUGUUCUCAGUUUACGAUUCCCCAGUCCCAUCACCGUACUGGUGUGCCGGAUACCGACUUUGUGUUUUAUGCAGCGGCGGGACCAACAGCAAAUGAAGCUAUCGCGUGGGCACUUACGUGCCAAUAUGACCUAAAAGAGCACCCCUUGGUGGGUGUUUCUAAUAUUGGGUCUGUAGACAUUAUGAACGUUCUCCAUUCUACACGUAUUUUGGCACACGAAUUACUGCACGCGUUAGGAUUCAGCGUUAAAUUGUUUAACAUUAGAAACAUGGUUGAUACUGUGUCUGUUCGCGGUAAGCCACCAGGUUAUGUUCUGUCUUCGCCAAGAGUGUUGGAAGUCGCGAGGGCUCAUUACGGGUGCAGUACCAUGCAGUACAUGGAGUUGGAGGAUGACGGUGGGUUGGGGGCUGUAAGCUCACACUGGAAGAUGCGCAACGCAAAGGAUGAGUUAAUGGCUCCUGCUGAUUCUGCAUGUUUCUACACCGCCAUCACCAUUGCAGCGAUGGAGGACACGGGCUACUACAAAGGCAACUACCGCAAUGCUGAAAGUAUGGUAUGGGGUAAGAAUGCCGGUUGCGGAUUGUUUGAUGAGAAGUGCGUUAUUAACGGUGUGUCGCAGGUGCCGGAGAUGUUUUGUGACAGUAAAAUGAAUUCAUACAGUGAGUUCAAGUGCUCAUCAAACCGGCUGGGCAUCGGAAACUGCACGAUAGCAUAUCAUUCUACCUUGCCUCAAUAUUUCCAGUACUUCCCCGAUCCGACAAUGUGUGGGAAAGAUGAUUGGAUGGAUUACUGUCCGUUCAUAAACGAAUAUUCUGACUCUUUGUGUUUAAAUGGGGAUGAAGAAAUAUUAUCCGGUUCUGUGUUUUCAGAGUCUUCGCGAUGUUUUUCAGCUAUCCCGAGCACUAUCCUCCAGAUAAGCGAUGGAAAAAAUAUGCUUGCUAUUUGUGCAGAUGUGCAGUGCGACACGGACACCUCGAGGUACCGGGUGCGGGUGAAGGGUACCAGUGAAUUCGUUGACUGCCCACCCGGAAGUACCCUAGUACUUUCGAGUUACAGUACGGUAUUUAGGUCUGGUGCGAUCAAGUGUGCACCAUACGAGGAGGUGUGCCCUAAAUCCCUUUACCCCGACGAUGAUUAUGAAAUAAUAAUAACAAAAACAUCAGAGCCUCAUCCGGUAAAACUAAAGGCAACUACCAGUUUCCUUUCACGCUUUUGGUGGUCCUGA